UUCUCACAUUGAAAAAAAAAAAAUUCCAAUUUCUCAAUUCUCUCUUUCUCUCUCUCCUAAUUCUGCAUUGCAUCGUUUCUCUCUCCAUUUCUGUUCUUGAUUGUUGAAAUCAUGCCUUCUGCAUUUUUUGUUUCAGAUAUCUUGACAACUAGUAAUGAUAGUAAUCAAUACAGAAGAAGAAGUAGAAGAAUCGCCGGAAACAUCUCUUCCACCGCCGAUGAUACAACACCCAACAAGAAGAAACAUAAUACUAAUAAGAAGAAGAACUUCGCAACAGCAUCUUUUAGGAACCUAGGAUGCACCGCCUCCUCUCAGGUUUCUGUUCCAGCUUCGAUCCGGUCGUCAGCUAAUUGGGAAGCCAAGAAGGUUAGUAAAAGGAAUCAGAGAACUGCUAUUGAUGAUCUUUGGUGUGUGCCCGCCAUUGCUUUGAGUUCUACUACUGAUGUUGAUUUCGACAAGAAGAAGAAGAAGAAGAAGAAUAAGAAGAAGAAGAAUGAGCGAUCUUCUUCUUCUUCGUCUACACGAAGAAUGAUGACCCAAGAAACGGUUCUAUUUCAAGACUCUAGAUUUGGAUUGACUGAUGAGUUUAGACCCAGAUCAUUCCAUCACCAUGUUCCAACAAGUCCUUCUCUGGAAGGGAUUUCCGAGAUUGGGAUGAUUCAAAAUAGGAGGCUGCUGAAUGGAGCUCGAAUUGGUGGGCUUGAUCAAUAUGAGGAAUGGAGACUCAAUGUUGAUAACAUGACUUAUGAGGAUUUGCUUGAACUUGGGGAGAGAAUAGGAUAUGUGAAUACUGGAUUGAAAGAGGAGGAUAUAAUCCACUGCCUUAGAAAACUUAAGAUCUCACGUAGAGAAGGACAAGAAGAAGAUUUGUUAACAGAAUCGGAUCGUAACUGCAGCAUAUGUCAGGAGGAAUAUGGGGAAGAAGAUGAGACUGGUAAGCUAGACUGUGGCCAUUUCUUUCACAGUCAUUGUAUUGAACAAUGGCUUGUAAGGAAAAACAGUUGUCCAAUCUGUAAAACUGCUGCCAUUGCUGAAUGAUGAUGAUGAUGAUCAACACUACUACCUUGAAAACUUGGUUGUAUAGAGGUUAUUAGUAUUACUUCUCAAAGGAAAAAAAAUUGGGUUAUUGUUUGUCUUAAGGGAUGAAAUUUGUUUUGUUUUCUGGAAAUAUGACAAUUUGUGAGCCUUUUGUCUGUGUUUAAUUUGUUUCACUAUAUUUUCAGCUUCAUAUUGAAAUGAAUUGGUAAAUUUGUUGGUUU